AUGUGGCACGUGGUCUUCAGAGCCUUCACCUGCUCGGAGGACUCAGACCCGGUCCAGGAUCUGCGGAAACUCUCUGAGCUCUGCCGCCUGUGGCUGAGGCCAGACCUGCUCACCAAGGAACAGAUCCUGGACAAGCUGGUGCUGGAGCAGUUCAUGAUCUCCAUGCCCCUGGAGCUCCAGGUCUUGGUCAAGGACCGUAAUGUGCAGAGUUGCAAGGACCUGGAGGACAUGCUGAGGCAUAAGGAGAAACCCAAGGAAUGGACGGUAGUCACCUUCGAAGGACAGAAGUUUCUUGCGCAAAACUCAGACGUCCAGAUGGCUGAAGUGGAAGCUGGUGACGCGGACCUUGUGAUGGACUUGUCCAUGAAGUCCCGAACCCUCGUGAGUGAGGUGGAGGGACAUCCCAAGAACAGCCAGGAGGUCAGCCCGGAUCCAGGGAACCAGCCAGGAAUCACGGACAUGUCAAGGGCGCAGGGUCAGGAAGCCCUCCUGCCAGAGACCAUGGCCAAGGAGGGUGACCUGGCGGGUCCGAGGCCCACACAGAUGUUGGAGAAGGGCCCAUUGGAGGAUCAGGAUGAGGCAACAGUGCUUAUGUCUCCAGAGCCUCAGCUUCCGACACCUGAAGUCCCUGUGGGGACGGAGGGUGAGGAGAAUCUGCGCGAAGGAACUGGCACUGACAGUGCAGAUGCUGAUGCACAUUCCACCCACAAUUUGGAGACGGAUGUUUUGACUCAGCUUUGGAAAAGAAGAGAUUCUCAGAGUGCGAGAGGUCCCUCCAGAAGAAAACGGGACAACACCUCUACUCCCCAAGGUGUGCCGGAAGGAGGAGCCAUCUCGUUGGAUAAAGGAAAGUUCUCUAGACAACUCAGGUCCAAUUCAGUUCGCGCACCAAGCACCGAGAGACCAACUGGUCGCCCUGUCAGAAAAGAAGCCACGAGGCAGGUGCCGUAUGAAUGUGCAGAUUGCAAGAAAAGAUUUAAUUAUGAAUCUCAGUUGACUAUUCACCAGAGGACACAUACAGGAGAGAGGCCCUUCGAGUGCCAAUUUUGUCUCAAGAGGUUUAUUCAGCCUUCGGAUCUCCGAGUUCACCAGCGAAUCCACACCGGCGAGAAGCCGUACAACUGUAGGGUCUGUCGGAAGUCGUUCACCCACGACUCCACACUGCGCGGUCACGAGAAGGUCCACACCGGGGAGAAGCCUUAUCCAUGCGAAGUCUGUCACAAGUGUUUCAGCCACAGAGGGAACCUCAACGUCCACCUGCGCACCCACACGGACCUCAGGCCCUACCGCUGUCAUGAGUGUGACCAGGCCUUCCGUCAGCUGGGGACAUUUAAACGCCACCAAAACACACAUUCGAACGUGACUUCCCAGGGAUUCCAAGUCCCUUCUGCCUAA